AAACUACAAUUUCCUCGAACGUGUAUCAAUUCACAGUCAAACUCUGUUUGCCGAAUUUCCCGGCAAAAACCUCAACAACCAAAAAUUAGAUGACGAUUUUACCCUUACCCUUUAUCUUCUUCUUUCUCACAUCAAUGCCCUUUGCUGUAAUUUCGCAGCUCGACGAACGGUCAACGCUUCUCAAACUGAAACGCGAACUCGGAGACCCACCGUCUCUCCGGCGAUGGAACGACAGAUCUUCUCCCUGCGAUUGGUCGGAGAUAACCUGCGUCGCCGGAAACGUCACCAAGAUCAAUUUCUACAACCAGAACUUCACCGUGACGGUUCCGACGACGAUUUGCGAUUUCCCAAAUCUCAGUUCCCUCGAUUUGUCGUAUAAUCUUUUCUCCGGCGAGUUUCCGACCGUUCUUUACAACUGCACAAAGCUUCAGUAUCUCGAUCUCUCCCAGAACUACUUCAACGGCACACUUCCCGCCGACAUCGACCGUCUCUCACGAGAGCUCGAGCAUCUCGACCUCGCAGCUAACGGCUUCUCCGGCGAUAUCCCUAAAAAGAUCGGUUUGCUUUCGAAGCUCAAGGUUUUGAAUCUCUACAUGAGCGAGUACGACGGUGCGUUUCCGUCGGAGAUCGGGGACUUGUCAGAGCUCGAAGAACUUCGUUUGGCGUACAACGAUAAGUUUUUGCCGGCGGAGAUUCCGACGGAGUUUGGGAAAUUGAAGAAACUGAAGUAUUUGUGGUUGACGGAGAUUAAUUUGAUCGGAGAAAUCCCAGCCGUUGUUUUCGAGAACAUGACGGAUCUCGAGCACGUUGACUUGGCGGCUAACAAAUUAUCGGGUCGGAUCCCAGACGUCUUAUUCGGGUUGAAGAAUCUCACCGCUCUCUAUCUCUUCGCAAAUGACCUAGUCGGAGAGAUCCCCAAAUCUAUUUCGGCGACAAACUUGGUGGAGCUUGAUCUCUCCGCGAACAAUUUGACCGGUUCGAUUCCGGAAGCAAUCGGUAAUCUGACGAAAUUAGAGUAUUUGAACCUGUUCAACAACCAGUUAACCGGUGAAAUCCCGGCGGCUAUCGGGAAAUUACCGGGAUUGAAGGAGCUGAAACUCUUCACCAAUAAGUUAACCGGAGUAAUACCGGCGGAGAUUGGGUUUAAUUCAAAGCUAGAGCGGUUCGAAGUGUCAGAGAAUCAGCUAACCGGAAAAUUGCCGGGAAAUUUGUGCAAGGGAGGGAAUCUUCAAGGCGUGGUUGUAUACUCGAACAAUCUCACCGGAGAAAUCCCGGAGUCGCUCGGGAAUUGUGGGACCCUCCUCACUGUUCAGCUACAAAACAAUGGCUUCUCCGGUGAAUUUUCUUCCCGGAUCUGGACUGCUUCAGGUUUAUAUAGUUUACAGGUAAGUAACAACUUCUUCACCGGGAAAUUACCGGAGAAAGUUGCUUGGAACCUUUCGAGGAUCGAGAUAGAUAACAACGGAUUUUCCGGUGAGAUUCCUCAGAGCAUCGGUACUUGGUCUUCUCUAGCUGAGUUCAAAGCCGGAAACAAUCGAUUCUCCGGUGAGAUCCCGAAGGAAUUGACGUCUCUUUCAAAUCUCAUAUCAAUCUUUCUCGAUGCGAACAAUCUCUCCGGCGAAUUACCAGAUGAAAUCAUCUCAUGGAAGUCGUUGACAACGAUAAAUCUAUCAAAGAACAAACUUUCCGGGAAAAUUCCGAGAGCUCUAGGAUCGUUGCCACACUUGCUCAAUCUUGACUUAUCGGAGAACCAAUUCUCCGGUAUAAUCCCUCCGGAGAUCGGGAAUCUGAAGCUCACAACACUUGAUCUGUCAUCAAACAGGCUCACCGGGGAGAUCCCAGACCAACUUGAUAAUCUUGCAUACGAGAGAAGUUUCUUGAACAACUCUAAUCUCUGUGCAGACAAGCCGGUUCUUAGUUUACCGGAUUGUCGGAAAACUCUUCCGAGCUCAAAAGGGUUGCCGGGAAAAAUCCUCGCCAUGAUUCUAGUCAUCGCCAUUCUUCUCCUCGCCAUCACUCUGCUUGUCACAUUCUUUGUGAUUCGUGGUUACACUAUGAAACGAAGAAGAAUGAGAGGCUUAGAGACGUGGAAACUAACUUCGUUUCACAGAGUAGAUUUUGCGGAAUUCGACAUCGUGUCAAAUCUGACGGAGCACAAUGUGAUCGGAAGUGGCGGAUCGGGAAAAGUUUACAAGAUAUUCAUCGAAUCCUCAGGACAAUAUGUAGCAGUGAAGAGGAUAUGGGACAACAAGAAAGUUGACAAGAACCUUGAAAAGGAGUUCAUUGCAGAAGUUGAGAUUCUAGGAACGAUCAGGCACGCGAAUAUAGUGAAACUACUGUGUUGUAUCUCGAGGGAGGACUCAAGGCUUUUGGUGUAUGAGUAUAUGGAGAAACGCAGCCUGAAUCAAUGGCUACAUGGCAAGAAGAAAGGUUCUGUAGAGGCUAAUAACCUGAACUGGCAACAGAGGUUGAAUAUCGCGGUCGGUGCAGCUCAAGGACUUUGUUAUAUGCAUCAUGAUUGCACUCCCGCGAUCAUACACAGAGAUGUCAAGUCAAGCAACAUCUUGCUUGAUUAUGAAUUCAACCCCAAGAUUGCAGAUUUCGGGUUGGCAAAACUGUUGAUUAAGCAAAACCAACAACCUCAUACAAUGUCAGCUGUUGCUGGAUCCUUCGGUUACAUUGCUCCAGAAUACGCAUAUACAUCAAAGGUGGAUGAGAAGAUUGAUGUGUACAGUUUCGGGGUAGUUUUGCUAGAGCUGGUGACUGGAAGAGAAGGAAACAACGGAGAUGAACACACAAACUUAGCAGAUUGGUCAUGGGGACAUUACCAAUCUGGGAAACCGACAGCGGAGGCGUUUGAUGAGGAUAUCAAAGAAGCUUCCAAGACAGAGGAGAUGACAACAGUGUUCAAGCUAGGUCUCAUGUGUACUAACACAUUGCCUAGUCACAGACCUUCCAUGAAGGAGGUUUUGUAUGUUCUUCGCCAACAAGGACUUGAGGCGACAAAAAAGACUGCAACAGAGGCACAUGAGGCACCUCUACUCGUUAGUUUAUCAGGUCGGAGGACAAGUAAAAGGGUAGAAGAUGAAGAUUUAGGUUUUGUAUAAUCAAUAAUCACACAGCUUUGAGUGUGUGUAUGUGUUUUUUUUUUCCUUUUUUUAGGAGAUGCAGAAUGUACAAAUGUAUUUAGAAACCUUUUAGGUUUAUUUUUACUCAGAUGUGUUUAGUAAGCAAAGCAAAGUUUUAGCACAAAACUUUAGGCUUAUUAACUAAAAAUAUCUUAGCUUUUGUCAAGAGUAUAUAACUGCCUUCCUGUAACAUAUUUGAGAUAAGUCGUUGAAAAUAACUGAAUGAGAAUGGUCUUUAUAAA